AUGGGCACUGCAGAGAAAAGCAUUCUUUUCUGUUUUCUCUUACGAGCUGUUUGCUGUAGAGAUUUCAACAUCAGUCUGCCGCAGAAGAUCGAAGCUCUCAAUGGAUCCUGUGUGAUCAUAAAGUGCAGAUUUGAGAUUCAGGAUCAAUAUGACAAAGACCUCACUGAGAGAGCUACAGGACAGUGGUUCAAGAACGGGACUGAUCUAGUGUUUCACUCCACAGAUCACAAAUCUAAUCACUUUAAUGGGAAAAUAACUGGAAACCUACUUGAGAAGAACUGCACCACUGUCUUCUAUAAUGUUAGUUCAAAGCACACUGGUAGAUAUUACUUCAGGAUUGAAAGUGGUGGUUUGAAAUACGUCUACACUGUAAAUACCUCCACUAUAAAUGUGAUUGACUCUCCCCCCAAACCCACAGUGCAGCUGUACGUGGAGCAGAAGGAGGUGCAGGAUCAGGAGGAGGUGUUGGAGGGGAGCUCUGUGAGUCUGCGCUGCUCUGCUGAGACUCUCUGCUCCUCUCCUCCACCAACUCUCACAUGGAGCUCCACUCCCAGAAUCCCCCUCAGUGAGAGCAGCAGACUAGAGGAGCUCAUCUCUGAUCUGAACUUCACUGCUACUCACCGUCAGCACAGAGUCACUUUCACCUGCACUAUAACCUACCAGCUACAGGACGAGAACAAAACAGCACAGGACAACAUCACAUUACAUGUUCAGUAUUCGCCUAAAAACACAUCAGUGUCUGUGCUUCCCUCCAGCUCUGUGUUGGAGGGCCGUUCAGUGACUCUGACCUGCAGCAGUGAUGCGAAUCCAGCAGUGCUGAACUACACCUGGUCCAGAGAGGGUGAAGGACAGAUGGAGCAGCUGCAGACUGGACACACUCUUACCUUCGAUAGGAUCGACCUGAAACACAGAGGCUGGUACCACUGUACAGCUCAGAACCAACAUGGCACACAAAACUCUUCAGUGAUGCUGGACAUUCAGUAUGCCCCUUAA